AUGCCCGUUUACUUGAGGAAAAACGUCAACUUCACGCCGCCAUCGCUCGAUCAUAUUCCUGUUGAACAAGAAGAUGAUUAUGUUCAAGAUCCGGAACAGCUCAAGGAUCACUUGCCUCAGCCGUAUCGUAUGCUGGACAAAGUGUUGAAUAAAGUAUUCGAAGAUGCAUGGGCUAUCAUUGAACAGAGAGAAAACGCUGCUUUGGAAGAAGCUCGAAGAUUUAAGCCACCACAGUUCGAUUAUGAAGAAGAAAUUGAGGUGCUUGGUGGAGCAACGAGCAUUACCUGUAGUAGUGAUGGAAAGAUUGUGUUUGUGGGACUGCCAAAUGGAAUAGCUGUCAUAGAUUCUGUUACUCGCAACAGGAUUUGUGCUUGGGAAGAAGAAAAAAUAGAAAUCAUCCGCUUGAAGACAUACCCUAUUGCAGAGAGCAUGUAUCUGAUAGUAAGCCUUGAUGAUAUGGGUCUAGCUAGACUUCAUGCUUUUGCUGGUGAAAGACUGUUCCUUCUGAAGUUGCUAAAUGAAGCACAGGAGGAAAAGUCUUCAACACGACUACUGAUACAUAAGUGUGAGGCAUCUGCUGAUGGGGAAUAUCUCGGCUCCCUGGUGGAAAACCCCACGUCUGCAGAAGUGUGGCUAGAGAUCUACCGACUUCCCCGAGAUGAGUGGGUUCAGGAACUGGAGAAAAGGCUUGCUGAUGCCCAGAAAGAACUGGAGAAGAAAGACGGAAAGACAGUGGAAGAGCCCCCAACACCAGUGGCUACAGAGGAGGGUGAUGGAGAAAGUGAACAGCAGGAAAACCAGCCAGAAACAACACCACAUCCGUCUACACAUCCAGACAAGGCAGCCAAAUUCACACAGAUUUCACUUGUGAUGAAGUUGAAACCCCCGUCCACACCAACAGCCAUUGAAAAGAGAGGUAACCUGGCCCCCUCCAUCCAUGGAGCAUGUCAGAAAGUGGACAGUGGGGACGUAAUAGGCACCGGCCAGAACCACAUACUGACCACAAGCCAUCUGGAACAGAGAGCGGAAAUAUUUGAGAACAACUACAAACACAUGUUAGACUAUUUACCCAAGGAGGAGAAGAUGAUAGAUCUUACCAGAGAUGUCAACUUUCAUUUCAUGACUUCAGGAAGGUUGAUGCACAACUCACAAGAAUCCCCAAACCAUCCAGGGAGCCCAACCAAUGUUGCAGUGUGGUGGCAGAACAGCACUCAUCUGUACCAUUACUCAUUGUUCAAACAGCCUGCAAAAGAUGGAGAAAUGAAGCCUGACCUGGUUUGGCCUUUCACUAGUAAGAUUACUGCCACAACGAUGUCCACAGACUCCAACCUGUUUGUAAUAGGAUUGGCCUCCGGGAAUGUCGUGAUGUGGGACAGGUACCUGGGUAUGCAGAGAGGGGUGGUAAGUGUUACCACAAAGGCAGCUAUACAGCAUAUGUGGUUCCUGGACCCUAGCCUUUGUCCUCAGGACAUCAGUAACUACCCACCUUACCAAACCAGGACCACUGCCUACCUCUUGGUACAGAGUAGUGAUGGUGCUGUGUUCUACAUCAUGGUUGGGGCAGGACUUCCCCUGGAAUCCUAUUAUGUCUCACCACCCGUGGAUAAAGAAGAAAACAUGUUUACACAAGUAGAACCCAUUCAAGGAAAGCCAGAGCUGACGAUGGUUGUGUUAAAGAAAGGUGCAAUCCAGAUAAAACACACCUUACAUGGCAAUGUUUUGUGUGAGACCAAACUACCACCUACCCACCAGGUUGUCACUCCCUGGGAUCCUAUCAUCACAACAGCGUGCAGGGGGGAGCGUUUGUUUGUGAGAGGAGAGGCUAAAGAACAAAAACCAACUGAACUGGAAGGCGAGGAACAGGAACCUCAACCAGAAGUCGAGUCCGUGGCAAGUAUGUUGUUUGUCUUUAAUCUCAAGGAAUUUUCUCCCCUCGAGGAAUUCAUGGGUGCAGAAAGAACACCUUUGCCGUUUACGAUCCAUACCACUAUUGACAAGCGGGUGGAUGCCUUAAUGACAGAAAGAAUCGCCCAGCAGGCUUUACGUAAAACACGAAUGCAGGAUCGAUGGGGCAUAAUGAAGGAGGAAAUCUGGGCGAUACUGCAAUACAAAGAUCAAGCAGAGAAGAAAGCAGACCAAAGACCCAUCUACAACUAUCAAACAAUUUACCAUUAUGAACAGUAGUCCUUUGUAAGCUGACGGUAUAUGACUCCUGGUUCCAUCGGAUGGGGAACUGCCCUGUUCAGUUAAAGAGAAGAAAAGACAGUUAUUAAUAUAUAAUUUUUUCAGAAAAGGACAGAAAACUUUCAUGUACGAUAAAUCGAAAGCAAAUCAGUGCAGGUGUCCUGAAAGCGGAAAGAUGAUUCAAUAUGUGUAUAUAACAGAAGAAAUAAAUCUAAUUUGUAUAUAUAGUGUACAUAUAUUUGAAGU